AUGUCCUUCUUCUGCGCAAUCUCAGGAGAACCUCCAUCGGAACCCGUCAUUUCCGCAAAAUCUGGAAAGGUCUACGAGCGUCGUCUUAUUGUCAAAUACAUCAACGAGAAUGGGACAGACCCAGUGACGGGAGACAAGUUGGAGGAGUCUGAUCUCAUUGCUAUCAAAGCCUCUCCAGAAACCGCGGCUCCCCGUCCACCUACCCAUACUUCUGUUCCUGCUCUCCUUCACCUCCUUCAAAAUGAAUAUGACGCGACCGUUUUGGCGACUUACAACCUCCAACAGCAGCUAAACGCGACGCGCCAGGAGCUUAGCUACGCGCUUUAUGCCCAGGAUGCCGCCAGUAGAGUUAUUGCGCGUCUCAUUCGGGAACGUGAUGCCGCUCGAGAGGCACUUGCUAAUGUCCAAGCGUCAAUGGGUGUUGCCCCAUCCCAACCUGCCGAAGAAGACGUGGAAAUGGAGAAUGGCGCUGCCGAGUCUGGCCUGCCUGCCAACAUCACUGCACAAGUCGACGAAACUCACCAAGCGCUGAGCUCCCAACGGAAAAAGCGGAAGCCUUCUCCGGGUUAUGCAACCGCCGCAGAGGUCAAGACCUUUACUGCUACACACACCAUUCCAUCCCUGCAUUCCUCUUCACCAGCUGGAAUCACUUCUUUGGCACUCUCCACUGCCAAUCCUUCGCAAUUCCUCACUGGUGGGAACGACAAAGUCGUUCAACUCUACGACAAGAGCACCGACAAGGUAUUAGCUUCUCUCAAAGGACACACCAAAAAGGUCAACCAUGUCGCCUUCCGUGAACGCGACGGCGAAAGCACCCUUUUGCUCUCUGCUGGAGCAGACAAAAUUGCGAAAAUAUGGUCGCAUGACUCCGUUUCUGGAGAGUAUAUACCAAAAUCCACUGUUCGCAUCCACAAGGGUGAACUCACUGGAUUGGCUGUUCAUCCCACGUCAACGCUUGCGCUGUUAUCAUCCAGCGACAAGACGUACUCAAUACACGACCUUACCAACUUUACGCAAGUUUUCCGCUCUGUGCCGUCCGAUGAAGCCUUUAGUGCCUUGGCCAUCCAUCCUGAUGGAUGUCUGAUUGGUCUCGGGACGCCAACGUCGAGCAUCCAGAUCUUUGACAUCCGCACUGGUGCCAUCGCGGCGUCGUUGGCCCCACCUGAAUCGUCGCCUUUCACCAUCAAUACCCUCUCCUUCUCCGAGAACGGGUACCACCUCAUCGCCCCCGACUCGUUAUGCUCUGUCGCCGUCUGGGACUUGCGCAAGCAGAAGACCGCCCAUUCCAUUGCCCUCGGUGAUGACUUCAAGAUCAAUAAGGUCUUGUUCGACGUUAGCGCUCAGUUCUUGGGUGUCGCUGGCAGCCAAGGUGCCAGAAUCUUCGCACAUAAGACAUGGGAGGAACUCCUCCGCCUCGAGCAAGGCGGCGAAGUGUCUGACUUUGCUUUCGGGCAAUCUGGAAAGGAGAUAUGGGGUGCGACUGGCAGGGAAGUGCGGCUCUGGGGUCUGCCAGCUUGA